AUGAAAAGUCUCCGCUGGCGUUACACUCGGCUGCCCAGCCAGGUGGAGGAUGCCCUGUCUGGGGAGGAGGGUGAGGAAAAGGAGGAGGAAGAGGAGGAGGAACCAGCCCCAGCCCCAGCCAUAGCCCCUGCUACUGAAGAUCCCACAGAAACCCAGCUUGCAGAAGCCAGCCAGCUGCUGGGUGCCUUGGAGAUUAGGCAGCUCAGCCCCCACCUCCCCGCGAGAGUCACUGGACACUCCUGGAGUCUGGCCUUCUGCACGGCGAGGGACGGCUUCAGUCUGCGGAGGCUGUACCGGCAGAUGGAAGGCCACGGUGGACCAGUGCUGCUAGUGCUGAGGGACCAGGAUGGGCAGAUGUUUGGGGCCUUCUCCUCCUCAGCUAUCCGACUGAGUAAAGGCUUCUAUGGCACCGGCGAGACAUUCCUCUUCUCCUUUUCCCCACAGCUAAAGGUGUUUAAGUGGACAGGAAGCAACUCUUUCUUUGUGAAAGGAGACUUGGAUUUACUGAUGAUGGGCAGUGGCAGUGGCGAGUUUGGGCUGUGGUUGGACGGAGACUUGUAUCAUGGAGGAAGCCACCCGUGUGCGACCUUCGACAAUGAGGUGCUGGCCCGGCAAGAGCAGUUCUGCGUCAAGGAGCUGGAGGCCUGGAUACUAAGCUGAUGUCCUGGGGGUGGGCAGCUUCCUGUGGUAACAGGUAUUCAACAGGCUCAUGGAUGCCCUCUAGGCCUUCCUCACACAGGCAGCCGGGGGUAGCCUAUUUUGUCGGAAACAAGGAUGGUGAAGCCUCCUAGCACUGACUGUAGCUGUUUGCCAGCUUUGCUGUGGUCUGGGGACCUAAGACUGGAAUGGAGGCAGGAAGAGGUGACUUUGCUAUCCGGGAGACGUGACUUUGAAGGAGUAAAAGGUACCUCACCUAAAAGGUCAAAGCCCCUCAUGAAAAUCACCUUUUUAGAAAUUAUACAAUUAAUGCAUGCUUAUCGCAGAACACUCAGAAGACAUAAAAAAACAAAUAAAAUUGCCUAAAAUUUAAUCACCACCUCGCCCCCCAAAAAACACUAAAACUUUCAAGUAUAUCCUUCCAGACAGUUUCGCACAGAUACGUAUUUUUUGUUACAAAAAUGGGAGUCUAUACAUGUUCUGGAAAUUAUUUUAGCUUAAAGAGUAUUGUCAAACCACAGAAACCUGGGCUCAACCAAACUAAUAAAGACUCUAUUAGCAUCAUUCCUCCUCUUGCUCUGUUGUGUUUUCUAGGACACUGAGGGCUUUCUGUCCAUCACUGGUGUGCCAAGUGCUUGCAAAUCCAUUGUCUCCUUUAAUUUCACGAGGAAGAUUUGAAAGCCGCAAAUAAGCAAUGUGCGUAUCUGGAUAAAGAAUUUGAAACCUCUGUAGAUGGGAACCUUAAGGAAGCUAAAAGGAAGAAAGGAGUAUGUUUCCUGGCACAAUUGGAGCUUAAAAAACUAAGAAAAAUCCAUAUCCUUCCCAGGCAAGUGUCUGCCUCCUGCCAGAAGAAAAGGAUUCUUUAUUAUGCCAUCAUUUGGUAGCUACUGAACAAGGAAAACUGAA